AUGCACGGCGGCGGUCCAGGACACGAGGGCGGACAUCACGGUGGACCGGGCGGCGGGCCAGGAGGUAGCGGCGGCCCCCAGGGUGGCCAGGGCGGCUUCGGCGGGCAAGGCGGUGGCGGCGGCCCCCAGGGCGGUCAAGGGGGCGGACCUGGAGGCUUUGGUGGCCACCAGGGUGGCUUUGGCGGUCCCCAGGGUGGCCAGGGCGGAUUCGGCGGUCCUCAGGGUGGUCAGGGGGGCGGACCUGGGGGCUUUGGUGGUCACCAGGGUGGUGGUGGCGGCCCCCAGAGUGGUCAGGGCGGAUUCGGCGGCCCUCAGGGUGGUCAGGGCGGGGGUUUUGGUGGCCCAGGCGGUGGUGGCCCCGGGGGCCGUUGA